AUGGUAUACGAUGGCAACGCCCAGGGUCAAAGAAAUAUUGCUUUGCCAUGGUUCUGGAAUAUGGCCAUGGCUGAUGAUUCGUUGGGUUCAACUUACAUGGAACAAGUAUAUCGGGUGAAUUGGCUUAGAGCAAAAGCUCGGUAUGACCGAUGUCGGAAGAGCAUACCUUGA